AUGCAGCGGGAGGACCGAUACCCGUACCCGCUGCUGCCAGAGUCGGGCAACAUUCUGGGUGUGGAGUUUAGUGGUGUCGUGGAGGAGAAGGGGCCCGAGUGUUCGGAUAGUUUUCAGAUCGGAGAUCGUGUCUUUGGGCUUGCGUAUGGCGGGGCUUACGCCCAGAAGAUCGUCGUCUCGGAGAAGAUGCUGCUUCCUCUUCCUCCGAGUCUCUCGUUCGAAGAGGCUGCCGGUGCACCUGAGACCUUCUUCACCGCCAUCCAAGCCAUCCACCUCGUCGGCAACCUGCAGCCCGGGCAGACCGUGCUCAUCCACGCCGGGGCGUCGGGCGUCGGGCAGUCAGCGAUCCAAGUGGCCAAGUUCGGGGGCGCCUCGACAAUCAUCACAACAGCCGGCAGCGACGAGAAAUGCCAGCUGUGCCGGACACUGGGGGCAGACAUCGCGGUGAACUACCGCACAGAGGACUUCGCGGAGGUGGUGCGCACGGCAACCAAGGGCCGGGGCGUCGACCUGAUCGUCGACCUGGUCGGGCAGAACUACUGGCACCGCAACACUGCAUGCGCAGCGAUGGACGGACGCAUCGUGCUCGUCGCCGCGCUGAGCGGGAGCAAGAUCGCCGAUUUUGACCUGCGCGCGCUACUGAACAAGCGGCUGUGGGUGCAGGCGACGACGCUGCGGACGCGCGAUGCGGCGUAUCAGGCCCGAGUGCGCGAUUUCUUUGCUGAGAGGAUCCUCCCGCAUCUGAGUAAGGGGGAGAUGAGGACUGUUGUUGAUAAGGUCUAUGACUGGAGGGAUGUCUCUGAGGCGCAUAAGAGGCUCGAGUCCAAUGCGCAUGCGGGGAAGAUUAUUUGUCGGGUGACAGAAUAG